ACCCAUUCAAAAUGCCUACCAAGCAAGCCGGCCCCGCCUACGUCCUAGGCGUCGGGAUGACCAAAUUCAUCAAACCCCGUGGGAAAGUCGACUAUACGGAGCUUGGUUUCGAAGCAGGGGUCAAGGCUAUGCUGGAUGCGCACAUCAACUACGACGAUGUUGACCAAGGCGUGGCAUGUUACGUCUACGGGGAUAGCACCAGCGGCCAGCGAGUGUUCUACCAGUUCGGUCUGACGGAGAUUCCUAUUUACAAUGUCAAUAACAACUGCUCGACAGGGUCUACGGGGCUAGUUAUGGCCAGGAAUCUGGUGUCUUAUGGCGCGGCGGAUUGUGUGCUCGUUAUCGGGUUCGAGAAGAUGAAUCCCGGUAGCCUUGCUUCGUACUUCCAUGAUCGGGCAAAUCCCUUGGAGUUGUUUACUGUUAUGAUGUCGGAGACGAAGGGGAUUGAGAAGGCUCCCAUUGCCGCUCAGCUGUUUGGUAAUGCUGGACAGGAGUACAUGGAAAAAUACGGAGCGAAGCUGGAAGAUUUCGCUGAGAUCGCACGCGUCAACCACGAGCAUUCAAAACGGAACCCAUACUCACAAUUCCAGGACGAAUACACCCUUGAACAGAUCAUCAAAUCUCCCAUGGUCCAUAAACCCCUCACAAAACUGCAAUGCUGUCCGACAUCCGAUGGAGGCGCUGCAGCCGUCAUUGUCUCUCAAGCAUUCCUGGACGCCCGGCCGCACCUCAAGAGCCAAGCAAUCCAGAUUGCAGGCCAGAAACUAGUCACGGACGCACGCUCCGUCUUUGACCGCAGCGCUAUCGACAUGAUGGGAUUUGAAAUGGUUCGUAAUGCAUGCCGGGAAGUCGUCGCCGAAGCCGGCGUGAAUAUCAAGGACAUCAAGGUGUGCGAAUUGCACGAUUGUUUCUCAGCCAACGAGAUGAUAACUAUCGAUGCCCUAGAGCUCUCCGAGCCUGGAAAGGCGCACGAGAUGGUCCGCCGCGGCGACAUCACUUACGGCGGAAAGAUGGUUAUCAAUCCGUCUGGAGGUCUCAUCUCCAAGGGCCAUCCUCUGGGGGCUACGGGCAUUGCGCAGUGUGCGGAGCUCGUCUGGCACCUGCGUGGCUGGGCCAAUAAUCGACUAGUCAGCGGCACUGAUGCUGCCCUGCAGCACAAUUUAGGCCUGGGAGGUGCCGCUGUUAUUGCAGUGUACAAACGGGCAGAUGGAAAGGUUGCGACUGCUGUGCCAUCGGAUGUUGUCGCAAAGAUCACCGGGCUAGGAUACAACCCAGCUGUCGAGGCGAAGGGUUUCACGGCCGAGCAGGCCAAGUCAGUCCUGAGCAAGACUCAUAGCGAUAAAUAUGCGCAGUCGGGUAUCCCAGAGAGGGUUCUUGCUCGUUUCUAGUUCUGCAUUUUCCUGUUUCAAUGAAUGAAUAGGUGUAUAUAUAAUUAAUUGUUGAUGAAUCUCAGAUAGUUA